GACUGACUGACUCGGGGCUUAUGCGCCUGCCACGAGCGCUAACAUGUAUUAGUUCGCGAAUAAACCGCAUGCCAACACGUUACAUCGCUCAUCACCUCGUCCGCGCGCCGUGCGGCUAUAUAAGCUCGUCAUAUAUACCACCUCGAUAUAUAUACAAUACAUAUAUACCAGAGAGAAGCUGUACACGCGCGAGGCAUAUAUUUACAUACUGGCAAAAAUGUAAAUAUAUGUGUAUACAUAAAUAUAUAUCGUAAAGAGAAAAAAUAAAAAUAAAUAAAACGGUAUAAUGUACUCGGUGUGAUUAUUUUUAGUUGCAUCCACCAGAAAGCGCGUGUGUGUUUUAAUAAAAAAGCUAUAGAGCUGUUUAUGGCCCAAUUCUGGUCAUUGACACUUUGACUUUUUCGUUUAGCCUCAGCUCGUUUAACUUUUGUGCAACGAAUGUUUCGUUUGACGCCUCAUCAUCCUUUCCACCGUCAUCGUCGGCGCCGACGUCGUAAUUUUUGUUGUAUUCUCAUGAAAUAAGGGUAAUGCGCUACUCAAAAACAUGUAGAAUCAAUCAAAUUCAAAUCAAUGCAUGAGAGAUAGAUGAAAAAAUGAAAAUGAUUUUCGCGUGGAUCAUUUUAUCCACAAUUAUUUCAUUCAUUUUUGCAACAAAGACGACAACACCGAUAGGACUCUACACUCAUCAGGACCACAUAACUUCGCACGAAAUCGUGUUUCCCCGCAAAGUAACUCAUUCGGGUGAAUUCAUAUCGCACGACGUGACGCACUUUUCCAAUUCAACGAGCAGCGGCAGCUACGAUCCGGAAACUGUCCAUUAUCGCUUGUCAACGGGCCACCAAGAGGAGGAGCUGCAUCUCGAGUUGGUACCCGCGAACGAAUUCAUCUCACCCGCGAUCGUCGUCGAGAAGCACCGACGCAACUCGCGCCAGCGACGAUCGGUCAACCAAGUCUCCAGCAAAUGUCACUUCAGAGGAAUCAUUCGAGAUCAACCCAAUUCGAAAGUAGUUCUAUCCGCCUGCGAUGGUUUGUCCGGCUAUUUUCACGGUAAACACGGGCAGCUAUGGGUAGAACCAGUUUCAAGAGAGCACGAGCACAAGUAUAAAGUCACACAAGAAACUCGACCACAUAUAUUAUUCCGCAGACGCCGGAGUGAUAAUGGCAAGUCCAAAGAUUCACCUGCCUCCGCGUCGUCGUCGUCGACGACGAAGAAAAAGAAGCGAAUGCGAUUCUUCAAUAAGCAGAAGCCAAGACGUAAAAAAAAGACGAAGCAUGAGAGAAACUGCGGCACCCGCGAACCGAGACGCCUGACCGAGACUCUGCUCGAGUGGCAAUCGCAGCCGGGCUCGGUUCAAGUUCAAGGGCGCGGCAGGCGUCGUCAGAAUCUGCUGCCGCCUCAUUACCAGAUGCACCACUACUCCCAUUCGCUGCUGCUCGAUUCGGCCUCUACUGCCCGACGUUCCAAGCGGUCCAUCAGCCGACCGCAGCACGUGGAGGCUCUGGUGGUCGCCGACACGACCAUGAUGGCCUUCCAUCAGGACGGCGACGUCGAGGCCUACCUGCUGACCAUCAUGAACAUGGUGUCGUCGCUGUAUCUCGACCCGACCAUCGGCAACUUUAUCAAUAUCGUCGUGGUGAGGAUCGUACUGAUGGAGGACGACGAGGCUGAACAAGGAUUGAACAUAACGAUCAACGCCGACAAGACUCUCUACAACUUUUGCAAGUGGCAGCAGAAGCUCAAUCCACCGGACGACUCGCACCCGAAUCAUCACGACGUGGCGAUACUGAUCACGCGCCAGGACAUAUGCUCGCGCGCCAACACGCCCUGCAGCACGCUGGGCGUCGCCCACGUCGCCGGCAUGUGUCAGCCCGAUCGCAGCUGCAGCGUCAACGAGGACAACGGCAUCACUCUGGCUCACACCAUUACUCACGAGCUCGGUCACAAUUUCGGUAUGUACCACGACACGGAGAAAAUCGGCUGCGGCAAGAAGGACGGCGAGAAGCUGCACGUGAUGACGCCGACCUUCGAGGCCGACACCGUCGGGGUCGCUUGGUCGCGAUGCUCGAGGCGAGACAUCACAAAUUUCUUAGAUCAAGGCAAGGGUGAAUGUUUGGAGGACGAACCUGCCGACAAUGACUACUCUUACCCCGACUUACCUCCUGGUGCUCUAUACGACGCAGAGCACCAGUGCAGACUUCAAUUCGCGGUGAAAGAAUCCUCGGUCUGCUCACCUCUGGAAGAAAUAUGUUCCAAGUUGUGGUGCAUAGUCGACGGAGUGUGCACGACGAACUUACAUCCUGCAGCUCCAGGCACUAGCUGCGGUAAACACAAAUGGUGUCAAAAUCAAGAGUGCGUCCCGAUCGUCGACCAGCCCGACCCGGUCGACGGCGGCUGGGGCGAGUGGGGCUCCUGGAGCGAGUGCUCGCGCGGCUGCGGCGCCGGCAUCUCGAUAAUCGAGCGCAAGUGCGACCACCCGGAGCCGGCGCACGGCGGCAAGUUCUGCAUCGGCAAGCGGCGACGCUACAAGAUCUGCAACACCCAGGCCUGUCCCGAGGGCACGCCGAGCUUUCGCAGCCAGCAGUGCGCCGGCUACAACGGCGUCGAGUACAAGGGCAAGAAUUACACUUGGCUCCCCUACUUCGAUCAGACCGAACCUUGCGAACUGUACUGCACCGACUCGGAAGAGCGCAUUAUCGUACCUUGGGGAGAGGCGGCACUCGACGGAACGCCCUGCAACGUUGGCACGAGGGACAUGUGCAUAGCAGGAAUUUGUAGAAAAGUUGGAUGCGACUGGAAAGUCGAUUCCGACGCCAUCGAGGAUCAAUGCGGAAUUUGCCACGGCGACGGUACUCAGUGCAUAACUAUUCGCGGCGUUUACGACGAGAACGAGGGUGCGGACUACAAGCAAGUACUUGUCAUUCCGGAGGGCUCUCGUAACAUCAAAAUCGAAGAAGUCGGUAAUAGCAAAAAUUACAUCGGCAUUGGUCGCGUAAACACGAGUGAAUUCUUUUUGAAUGGACAAAGGCAAAUUACGUUAGGUGGGGAAUAUCAAGUAGCCGGCACACCUGCUCUGUACGAACGUGACCGGGAUAAAGAAAAAAUUCGCAUCCCAGGACCUAUAAAAGAAGAUAUCGUUGUUUACCUAAUUAACAGAGGCAAUUAUCGAAAUUUGGGACUACGUUAUGUGUAUACGAUACCAAAGACGGAUGCGAAUCGUACGCCGGAAUAUUCUUGGGCUUAUUUCGAUUGGACGGUGUGUUCUACCACUUGCGGCGGUGGCUCGCAAUCUUCUUACGCAUUUUGUCAAGAGGAAAAAAGUGGAGUCGUCGAAGAUAAAUUUUGUAACAAUAUAAUCAAACCCGAGCCAUUGACUCGCGAAUGUAACAUGCAUCCGUGCCCUGCAAAAUGGUGGACAGGGCCAUGGCAAACGUGUUCCCUUACCUGCGGCGAAGGAGCUUUUCGUCGUCGAACAGUCAUGUGCGUCUCCACCGGUAAGAUCGAAUCCGAAGAUCAGCCGGAAAUUGCUUUACCCGAUACAGAAUGUGAUAAAGACGCGCGUCCAGAGGAGGUCGAGCCGUGCUCGGAUUUACCCGAUUGCCCGACGACCAGCGAAACAUCGAUCGUUAUUUACGUCGAGGAGCAAAAUACGACGUUUUACAACACCAGUGUAAACAGUCAAAAAGUAAACGACGGAAAAACGCUGUCAGAGGAGAACAAAAAUAAUACCGAAAUCGAACCGGAAAUAUUGGAAUUCGACAACGUGAUCGACUUGGAGAAUCCCGGAAAUAAUUCGAUGUACAAUCCCAAGCCUCAGUGGCAAGUUUCGAAGUGGAGCAUUUGCUCGAACGGCAAAAAAGUAAGAAAAGUAUACUGCUCCGUGGAAGACGAUUCUUCGGCCUGUGACUCGGAAAACAUGCCCCCGAUCGAGGAGCCGUGCACAAAAGGAAAAUGGGUGUCAGGAAAAUGGAGCGCCUGCAACGCGACGUGCAGUAAAAAAUCUGGACAGAAGUUCCGCGACGUCAUUUGCAUAGAUAGACAGACGAAUCAAUCUUCGAGCGAGUGCAACCUGCAUCGAAAGCCGCACGAGACAAAACGCUGCCACCUCAAAAAGCCCUGCGCCGACGAUAAAUUAACCUGUAAAGAUAGCAUAAAUCCCUCGUGGGUAUGUGCGUCCUAUCGACCGAUGUGCGAGGCGUCAGCCGUGGUGCGGGAAAAAUGCUGCGCGUCGUGCUCUAAAAAGCGAAAGCAUGUACGACACAAUCGUCGUCAAGGGGCUUCGGAUUGACUUUUUUUGUCAAGCUCAACUUAAUAGUAUAUAUAACAUAUACGUAUUUAUAUCCUCUUCCAAUUAAUUGCGGUUUUAUAUAUCAUUUAAGUGUAACUUUUUUGGUAUAUAUCUAUUGUACGACUUUAUUAAUUUUAAAUUAAUAUUUGCUAUUGAAAUUACAUUUACGUAAAGGGUAGCUCUGUACUCGAAUGCCUUGUAAGCUUUGAAAAUUACAUGAAUGGCCAUGUAUUACGAAUUCAUUUAAUUUUAAUGCUUCUCUUUGAACAGUUUGAAAUGGCUUAAGGCCUCGUUUAAAGGGAGGAAUUUUAUAAUUUCUUUAGAGCCUGUAUUAUUAAAACAUUUAUUAAGUUAUCAGCUAACAUGUAUUCAAAAUUUAGUAGACGUAUUCAUCAAGUGUAUAAUGAAGUUGUAAGGAUAAAAAUUGACUUGAUGAAGUACUUAGGUGAUAUUGAAUUCUAUUAAAGUAUUUCAAAGUAUGGAAAA